GCCGCGCACCGGGUAUGGUCAUGGCGUCCCCGGCCAUCGGGCAGCGCCCGUACCGGCUGCUCUUGGACCCAGAACCACCGCUCUAUGUACAGAGCCUGAGCGGCCCGGCGCCGCCGCCGCCGCCGCCACCGGGCCGGUCCUCCCGCCGCUGCGCCCCCGCACCCAUCUCCACUGCGCCCGGGGCGCACGAGGGACGCGGCGCCCGGAGGGUUACCCGCGGGGACCUGGAACCCCCACCCCGGGCCUCCCGCCCCGCUCGCCCUCUUCGGCCUGGACUGCAGCAGAGACUGCGACGUCGGCCUGGAGCGCCCCGGCCCCGAGACGUGCGGAGCAUCUUCGAGCAGCCGCAGGAUCCCCGCGUCCCGGCGGAGCGAGGCGAGGGGCACUGCUUCACCGAACUGGCGCUGCGGAGCGGCCCAGGCUGGUGCGACCUGUGCGGACGAGAGGUGCUGCGGCCGGCGCUGCGCUGCGCUAACUGCAAAUUCACCUGCCACCCGGAGUGUCGCAACCUGAUCCAGCUGGACUGCAGUCAGCACGAGGGCGCAUUCCGGGACAGAGCUUCUCCAGAAAGCACCCUCACUCCGACCUCUGACCAGAAUGUCUGCAAACCCGCAGAAGAGCCUCGGUGCCCACCCACACUGCAGGAGAUCAAGCAGAAGAUCGCCAGCUACAACAGCCGGGAGAAGAACUGCCUGGGCAUGAAGCUGAGUGAAGACGGCACCUACACAGGCUUCAUCAAAGUGCAUUUGAAACUUCGACGGCCGGUGACGGUACCUGCCGGGAUCCGGCCCCAGUCCAUCUAUGACGCCAUCAAGGAAGUGAACUUGGCAGCCACCACGGACAAGCGGACGUCCUUCUACCUGCCUCUCGACGCCAUCAAGCAGCUACACAUCAGCAGCACCACCACGGUCAGUGAGGUCAUCCAGGGGCUGCUCAAGAAGUUCAUGGUCGUGGACAAUCCCCAGAAGUUUGCACUUUUUAAGCGGAUACACAAGGACGGGCAAGUGCUCUUCCAGAAACUGUCCGUCGCCGACUGCCCCCUCUACCUGCGCCUGCUGGCUGGGCCCGACACGGACGUCCUCAGCUUCGUGCUAAAGGAGAAUGAGACCGGAGAGGUGGAGUGGGACGCCUUCUCCAUUCCCGAGCUCCAGAACUUCCUGACCAUCCUUGAAAAAGAAGAGCAAGACAAAAUCCAGCAAGUGCGGAAGAAGUAUGGCAGGUUUAGGCAGAAACUGGAGGAGGCCCUCAGAGAGUCCCAGGGCAAACCUGGCUAACUGGUCCUGCGUCCUCUGCUCCCAAGGCCCACGGAUUGAUUUUUAUUAUUAAUUAUUGUUUUGCCACAGACACUUUUUCUCAGGACACCCCUGAUGGAUGCGUUUGUGCCUGCCCAGCAGUCCCAGAGGUGGCACAGUCUCGGACGAACACGUGUACGCAUGGGGCGGGGUCCUGCCACCCCCGGGCAGUGCCCGUCUGCACCCUGCCAGGCGGCACUCCUGUGAAGAGCAACUAGCGUCCUCUUGCGAUCUGCAAGCCUCUCACAACCCAAAUAAUUGCACUGGAACCAUUCACACUAGUCGGCAAAGGAAAGAAAAAAGGGUUCAGAGACACGUGUUCUUUCUCUGGCUUUUAUUCUUCCAUUUUUCUUUAUUUGCUUCCCACAGUACCAUUAUUUAUGAGUCAAAAGCUGUCAUGUAUCCCUUUAGCAGGUCAGCGCUAAGCCCCUGAAAGCAGGAUAAUGCUCAUCAAAGGAUUGUCCCCCACGGGCCCCAGAUGCUCAGGUCAGGAGCACCAGAGAUGCUCCUGAGUUGUCUGGAGAAGCUGCAGCCGGGCCCUGGCCCUCAUUGCCUGAGUCUGUGCACCUGUGAGCCCAUAGGUCUGCGCCUGCGUAUGUGUGGUGCUUAGCCAACAACUCUGUGGUCUUAAGUUACAACGUUCUUUAAUGCUGCCAUCGCCCUCGUGUUUCCACCAAGGGGAAACCAGCUGUCCACCGUUUAGAAGUCUCCUGCUCAGGAUGGAUCAGGCAGGCAGAGAAAGCCAAGAAGCUUCGUGGAGAAAUGUGUCCCGGCGUCUUCAGCCUUCCCCAGCGAGAGGACAGGGGAGAGCCUGGCUGCCUUCGUUUCCCGGCCCCGGCCCUGUCUCUCCUCCCGGGACGCGGAGUCUCCAGGUGCUGCUGGGGAGCCGCCUUGCGUGCAGAGGGCAGCACCUCCGACCAGCCGCCUGGAGUCCUUGGUGUUCUGAAGCGAGGGCCAGCCCGUGGCACUGCACUCAGAGAGCCGGGGGCUGGCCUCCCGCUGACCUCCAGUGCCUUUUUGUUUCCAGAAAGAUAGGAGCAGGGAGAGUUGCUUGAAGCGUUGCUGCUGGCUUGUUCCUGCCAGGAAGUGGACCGUGGCAGUGUGGGAGCAAGGCCAGGAGAGCCUCCCUCUACAUGUGAGGUCAGGGUCCCACCUUCCCAUUGAACGCCCUGUGCUUUGAUUCCCGUAAGUGAUGUCAAACCACACUGCCAGGGCGGAUCAGGUCCCGGCUCUCCAUUGGUACUGGCUCCUCGUUUCAGUCCGAACUUACAAGUACACUAGCCAAACAACCCCAGCAAGUAGCCAGGGCUGCAAAGACUCCAGUGCCGAGAGAGAAAGACGCUGAACUUUAAAGCAGGCAGGUGUUCCAAUCCGGCCUCUGAGAGACCAUUUCUUCAGUGUCUUCUGCCUUCCCAGGUCCCUCUUGGGUUGGUCCAAGCUUGAGUUUCUUUGUGUAGCCUCAGAAGUUCCCUCCCCGACCCUCGCGGAAUCCACACUGCCCUGACCCCAGAAGGAAUGCUGACCCUUCCUCGGACACUCUGCUGGUCUUCGGAGCUGCAAAAGCCAGACAGACCAGCAGCUUGAAAAGAUUUUUUAAACCACAAGCCCCUGGGGACCUGCCAUCUCAUGCUCAGCCUUAGCACUUCCCUCUCUUAAAGACUCUCUCUCCUGCUGCAUAGCGAAGGGAAGGGGCGGAGAGUUGUUUUCCUUCAUGCUGCAUGUCUUGACCAUGAAUAAAAGGCACGGCUCCUACUGCAACUGCUUUGAAUGCUGCUGAGAGCCUCCUUGUGAUGGGGGUGGCUGUUUUAUUUUUGAGAACAAAAGUCAUGUACAUAUAUACCAUAAAGGCAUACAUAGCUAUAUAUAAAGAGAUGGGGGUGUUUAUGAAAUAAGAAAAUUAUGGGGAAAUGCAGAUUUUAUCUAAAGCACAGUUAGACCCAGGACCCAGGCUGAGGUCCAAGCCUCUCAAUACAGUGUGGAUCAAGUAUCCCUUCCCUCCAGAGGUGGGUAUGACUGCUGGUAGUGCCUUUUAUCGUCCUCUUGCCCAGUGUGUGUGUGUGUGUUUGUUUGGAGGAUAUUUUCUCCUUAAAUGUCUUUCUUAUCGGGUUUUUAAAAAAGUAAUAAAAGCUCGUUGCAAAAACGACUCAGGCUGGAGACCUCGUCCUUGAACUUGACCCUCUCGUGGAACGUGGGAGCUGGGAGAGAGGGUGGGUACCGAGAUGAGCACACGCUUCCUGGCAGUCAGACUUCCUUUUGCCUGAGAACAGAGGCAGGAAGGGUAUGUUCAAAUAAUCUCGAGAGCACUGCUGGUG